AUAAAUCAAAACCUCAGUUAUGAACAGUAUAAGUCCAACGACUGGUAAGCCUAUAGUAAUAUUUAAAAUCCGUAUUUAAUUAAUAUAGUUAACAGCAUAAUCAUAUACAUAAAAGUAAUCUACACCUCCAGAUUUGUCCGACAGGCUUUUUUAAUCGGCAUUUAGCCGUAAAAAACUUCAUUUCACACGUAUGAACUAAGAAAUGGUAGGGAAUACUAGAAGCUAAGCGCUCUUUUGAACGUUAGGAAUUCGCCAACGAAUCAUAUGACCCCACGCUUGGAGCAAACUGUAAAAAAACAGCCUAAUCUUUUCUGUUUGUGGUAAUAUAGCCGUAUUUUUUUUCCAGUUUCUUGUAUUUUUGGUUGCAUAAGUUCCUCUCGAUUCUUUUGCCAACAACUUCGAGCUAUUUGGUGAAAGUUCUUGAACAAAACCUCAGGUAACUGUUAAUCCUAUUGUCUCCCAGCUGUUCAUUUUAUAUUCGUGCAAAAUGCGUAAGAAAAAACAGUAAUAUCCUCCCAAAGAUGAACGAAAAUGAAGAUAGCAGUAUAGACUACAUAGAAGAUCCUUACUUUAACCCACAAGACAGUUCACAAACUCCAAGUUUGGAUGAGUUGGACAAUUCAGAUACAGAGUUGGAUGUUUAUGACCUAUUGGAUAUAGAUAAUUUGAAGCUGUUGGAUUUUGACGAGGUGGCUUACAGUUCCCUGUCAGACGAAUCAGUGAAUGUAGAGACUGAGUUUGUUAGUGUGAAAAGGGCAAACGUGAUUAUAAGUGCCUUCUUCAAGAAUAAGUUUAAGCGACACGUACGGGUAACUUAUAGUGAUCUUACAAAGCCUUAUAUUGCCAAAUUGCCUAAAGAUAGUAAUUUCAGAAAGUUCCUAGAUAUUAGCCACAACGAAGAAGCAAUGGCCGCCGGAGACCACCAAGCCCCCGACCUCUCCCACCUCACUGAAGAGGAAAAGGAGCACCAGGAGAAGUUGUGGAAGGAAGAACUGGUUCAGGUCGAAGACGAGAUAGCCACGUUGAGGACGGUACUAGCGUCGAAGAUGAGACGUAGCGCAGAGUUGAAGAGGAACCUUGGCAUCACUGUGUGGAAAGAAGUGUCCGAGGAUAUCAACCAAGGCAUUAAGAAUGUCAAGGAGAGUAAUGUAUAUCAGACAGUCGAAAGUAAAGUUGGCCAGGUUACAAAAGCUGUCACUGAUGCUCCAAUAUACCAGAGGACCACCUCUUUGAUAGGUGGUAUCACAGGAAACAUUACCAACAAAAUCGGACAGAUGAGGCAUUCAGAAUCAUUCCGUUCAAUUGAGGAAAGAGUUGGAAGCGCCUAUGAAAAUGUUAAGACUAAAGUGGUGUCCCGUUCAAAUUCUCAGCAAAGUUUGGACGAGGCAGCCAGGUCCAGAUCCAGCUCAGUGGUGACAAGUCCCACUAUUCCUGAAGAGAAACCAGUGGCGUAACUCUGGCAUAGUGUCGACCGUAAAUGCCUUCUUAACUUGUUCUUAAAACUACUUAUAAUUUAUAAAUUAUUACUUUAUAGAUAACUCAAUCUAUAACUGAACAGUACUGUAUGUCCUUGCAAAGUUAGUUUGUACCUCCGUCCUUUUGAAAGUUUCCCUGCUUUAUAGAUUAUUUUCUACAAGGAAAUGACAUCUACUGCAUUUGGUGCCUCUUAAUUUGUUAGCAAAGCAUACGCACUGUACAUGAACUGAAUUCUAUUGACGCUUUUGAGUUUUUAAUGCAUUUUCCCUAAACACUAGCCUAACUUCCAAUAGCAACCUAUAAUGACUGUAAUAGUUUUGUAUUUUGCAAAAUUCUUGAUUACAGUCCGUAAUAGAGGGCAUACAGUACGACUGAACCAUGGUGAGGUGAAGUGGGAUAUAGAUCUAGUUUCUAUUGCUUAUUUCAAAUAUUUCUAAAAGACUAUCCGUAGUUCAGUAGUUUUUGUACAGUUAGUUUAGUUUUAUCAGACUUCAGAGAUGAUGUAAGUACUAUUCAGAAAAAAUGUUAUUUUUACUUAAUAUUUGCUUUGAGGAAUGAUCCAUCGUACCCUUAAGUCAUCUAAUGACAUCUGUCAUACUGUAGUAGAUGAUAUAGUGGAAUAUUGUUGGGAUAGUGGUGAAUUGAAGAUUAUAGUAUAUGUAAGCUAUUUUUACAUUACACCAAAAUGGCUUUAUGAAACCAAUUUGUUUCCACAGAUAUUAUUGUCUUGGAAGAAAAUAAUAAAUAAACGUACGUAUAUGUUUAUUUGUUGUUUUACUUUUGUUUCCUCAAACACUUUCCGCGACAUCUUAGCAAUUAUUCUAUGACGUGAUGCAGGGUGUCUUAGAAUAAGACGACAAUCUCGGCAAAUAAUGCCACCCGUUCCUAUAAAAAAAUAUCCUCGGGGCUUCCCUACUGAUGUGCUGGCCCCCAGAAGGACGCUAAUGGAAAUCCGCUUAUCUCAAAUAAUUUUUGUACAUUUUAUUAUGUAUAUGUAAUUCAACAAAUUUUUGCUAGUAUCCCGAAAGGUUUAUUAUGUAUUUGAAUGUUGAAUUAAAACUGUGUAAUAAAAGUUCAAUCAAAGCCA